ACAAAAAGCACGCCAACGCCUCCCUUUUCCCAUCCUGCCGUUUCAAAGCCUUCUUUCCCUUUGUACAAAAAUCUGAGACGAAGCCAGGACGAGAACAAGGAGAGGAGAAUAAAGAAUGGUGGAGAGCUCAGGAUGCGUGGGAAUGGUGGCGGUGGUAGCGAUUUCGAGCAGCGUGGCCAUCUUCGCCCUCCAAAUCCAGAAGCGCCUUGCCUCCGAUUUCAUGAAGAAAGUUGAACUUGAGCUGGUUGCAGGUGGAGUGAAGAGUAACAGAGCGAAGAAGAAGGUGAGGUUUGCUGCCAACGUGGUUGAGCCGUCGGGGAACAACAAGGAGUAUCGGAGGAGGAAAGCUAAGGAACGUGGUAGAGCCGUCGGCGAACAAACUGUAAAUUGUUAGGUCUGGGAGCCAUUUUGUAUUUUUUAUUUUAUUUUAUUUUUUUUUUGGCAUUUUACAUGGUGAACCUUUUGUUUUUGCAGCAUUUCAUUGUUAAUUGUACAGGAGAAGUGAAAGGUCAAUGAGACUCUUAACGCAAUUUACAUUCGGAGUCUCUUAGUGGGGUGUCACUGUCAAUGGGCUCACCGUAAUACAUUGACAUUGACCAAUGUUAAAAACGGUGGAACCCACCUGACACAGGUGUCUCACUAUUGGACUCCGAAUGCAUUAAGAAUCAUGAUGUAACCGUUUCUCUGGCUCAAAACACUGAUUCUAAAAAAUAAAAAUAAAAAAUAAAAAAUGAAAUAACCAAAAAAAAAAAAAGAGAGA